GUGAUGAGGGAUUUGUUGGUUCAGCCGGACGUUGAACUCUACUUUGAUAUUUUCAAACACCCCAUGGAGGCCUUCAUUUCAGAAGAAGGGUACAUACGCUUUUUGAAGGAGGUGCAGGGUGUCGAUACACCUGAGGCGCUGCAGGAAGAAUUGGAACUCUUCAGAAAUGCAGAGGACUCAUACAAACAAACACGCCCUGUAGUAGGCCGUAGCGCAGUAGGUCAGUACAUCGAUUUGCUGCUGUGCGGUUGUCGCUGCGUUGAGCUGGACUGCUGGGACGGCGCCGACGGCCCUUCAACUCCUUUGCCUUCGCCUGGGAGUUUGUUGUGCUGUUUUUUGAUAAAAAGUAAAGUUUUAAAUGAGCUUGGAGAAUUCGUAGAAGAGGGAGACGAAGAAGAUAUCACAAUGGAUGCUUUAGAGUUGCAGCUGGCGCGGGAAUUAGAAGAAGAAAAUUCUGCUGCUGCAUUUUUGCAUGCAAAUGAAAACGGGUCUGAGGGAUCCGAUCCCAGGGCUUCUUCUUUACCUCAAAAGUCAUGCAGCAGCCUCACUGCUGCUGCUGCUGCUGCUGCUGCUGCUGCUACUGCAGCGGGAGCGCCGGGAGGUGCUGCAGAAGCUGCUGCAGCACCAGCAGCAGCUCCUCCUCAUGCUGUUGCUACUGCUGCAACAGGCAACCCAAAUAGCUGUCCUGAUGCGACUACAGAUGCAAAGGCAGACAGAGCCGCAGCUAAACUCGAAAAGUUAAAGGCGUUUCAGCGGAACAUAUGCCUAAGAGGGAAGAAGUUGAAGGGGUUUGAGCAGCCGCGCAAUCGUAAGUAUAAAAAAAUAUAA